UUUUGUGGACAUUGCGUUUUGAAGCUAAACAUAGCUACUUCAAACAAGUAGUUAGGCAUACAAAUUGCUUCAAGAACAUAACAUUGACUUUGGCAAGUAAACACCAACUGAUGGCUGGAUAUAACAUCCACAUACCCAGCCAUGAAAAGACCACCUUUAAGGUCACACAUGUCUCUAACGUCGCUGUUGAUGUCCUGAAAGACGAUGUCAUACGUUGCCUUAAUGUUAGGUAUCCUGGUAUCACCGCUGUCAAUGUUACUCGGAAUAUCUCUUAUGAUGGCAUUACAUAUCGAAAUGGCAUGAUAAUUGCCCAUGGGUCUCUUUGUGGGUUACCAGAAUUUGCUGAAAUUACACAAAUCUGUCUAAUCGGUGACAGUCUAGCUUUCAUUGCUAAAAAAAUGUGUUCAUGGUAUCACGAGCACUUCAGGGCCUUUGAAUUGGUACCAACUCAUGAAAUUUUCUUUAUUCCCCAUAACGAGUUGAAAGACCCUUACCCUCUUGCUGAUUAUAUGGUUGGAGGUGUCCGAAUGGUCACCCUAAAAAGAUAUAUUUUAAUUGAUGAGGUGCAAUAUCCAGCCACGGAAGUCCUGUAAGGCUACUGUGAACCUUGAUAUGUAAAUAUGUAUGACAACUAUUAGGUCUUUGUGUAACUGUGUAAACCAAGUCUUGUUCUAAAAAUGUAAUGCUUGUUUAAUUUUAUAGUAAAUGUUAAUGUAAUAGUUCAUAGAUCAGUCUGCUGGGAUUGUACUUAUAUUGUCACCCCUCUCUCUCCUUCAGAAUAGUUUGUCGUGAUGGGUACCCCAGCUAAACUCCUAGUAAUCUUGGGAGAUAAUAACUGUGAAAGGUUAAUUAUGCCAACUGGUAUACCAGACUCGUUGAAUGACCUUAAAAGAGAAAUCCAAACACAACUCGGAGUCCAUGAAAAUUUUCGACUUCAGUUCAAAGAUCCUGAUUUUAAUGAUUUUGUUAACCUUAGUUCAACGGCAGACAUAGAGGACAGAGCCACACUUAAGGUUAUUCAAUUGCCUUCAUCUACAAGCAGCUCUUCUGCUCCAUCUGUGUCAGAAGUAAUUGAGACAUCUUCAAUAUCAUCCUUGGACACAGACAUAAUUUCAUCCUCACAUUCAUCUGCCCCUUCGACUCCAGAAUCUUUGUCCUCUGUUAGAAGUCAGCUAUGGCCUAACAGUUUCCCAAUACCACAGUUUAGUUUUGAUGCUGAGAUACAACUGCAAAGAGCUCAACUUGCUUAUCACACUGAUGGUACUGUUCUCAACCCCAAUACCAAGCUGAAGUCUGACAUUUUGGAUGCUUUAGCUUCAGAAAUAAUAAAGUACAAGGCAUACCCUUCAAGUGCAGAUCUUGAUGAUGUAGCUGCUGCUUUGGUACGAAAGUUCCCUUGCCUCAAAGAAAAAGGAUCUCUGAGCGGUUACUAUGGCUGGAAAAUAAGUCUAAGAUACAAGAUGGCAAACUACAGAACAAAAUUGAGGAACAUAGGAUGUUCUGAGCUAAACAUUAACUCGCAUAAGCGAAAAGGAUCAGUGGGAAGUCCUAACCAAGUGAAGAAACCUAAAAAAGCUGAGGUAAACUACUGUCCAGAUUACCCAUUGGGAGAAACUAAAGAAACCCUCGAACAGCAAAGAAUUGCACUACUGUCUGAAGUGACUAAAAGAAAUAAUGAGCAGGUUAUCACGGUGCUGAUGGACAAAACAUUUUCGUACAGGAGGCAUGAGGUGGUUGAGGAGCCUUUCAUUGCUGAAUUUAAGAAUAGAUGGCCAGCACUCUUUAAUGAGCGAGAGGUUUGCGCGGAAUUCAGUAGGAUUACAACAAUUCCUUUGAUGUCCAAAUUUAUGGGUCAGCUUGAUAAUUUCUCAACCCAGCUCAUCAGUAUUUUUAGAAAGAAAGGAGGAGCAGCAGCACAGAAGAUCAACCACAUCCUGUCAGUUAUGGAUCAGAAUGUCACCAUAGAGAAAAGACGUGAAUGCAUCCUAAAAGCCCUCAUUGUUUAUGUGAAUGAAGAACCCUCUAACCUCGUGAAGGAGUACACGGAUUCUGAACAUGUUGAAGCCCUAAACUCGAUGCGCAACACCACCCUAGGAAUCUAUGUCGUCAUAUCUGAAGGGGCAGAUGCUACAGACCCUUACCAAGAUGUUGGCAUCAUCAUUGAAGGCAUCACAAUACUUGAAAACUUAAAAAAUGUAGCCAAUGCUUGUUCUAUGAUGCUUGGUCUAAUUUAUGCAUUGAACUUAGCCUACCCACAAGACCUGAGAUACACUUUUGAAACAUUUCAAAAGAUUUUCAUGGAGCUAGAUGCCAAAAAGCUGUCAAACAAGGUCCAGGUCCUGAAAAAUAAACUUAUUUUCUAAGUACUAACUUAGGUCAGGAUUAAGAGGUGGUAUUUAUGUUUCCUCAAUAAUGUUGCACUGUUGGCUUGUUAUUAGGGAUGCACCAAUAUAAUGCCGCGUACACACGAUCAGUUUUCUCAUCAGGAAAACUGUCAUGUUUUCUCUUGGACAAGAAAAACGCCAGAUCACACGGCUGGUUUUCUCGACCAAGAGAAAACCUGUCGGGAAAACCAGCUGUGUGUACACGGGGAAAAGGGACCAAUCCGGUCCUCGGCACUGAUACAGAUAUCAGAGAAAGUUAGGAAGCCACACACUGCCCCGCAUUGCUGCAAAGAAGCAUGGGUCUGUUUCCCAGACAUGCAAUUGGGAAGCUGGUGAUAACCCACACCCUGGCUUGCUAAUUGUCCGCGGAAGCUGACCACAUGCUCCCUCAUGACACUGCAGGGCAGCUUGGCUUCCUGGACAGGAAGUUGGGUGGUGUGUCAUGACCCGCCGUCACCUUCCUGAUAAUUCAGUGUUAGGAGGGAGCGUGAAACCUGUCACAUGAUGUCUAGCAAGACUGGAUGCCGGAAUUGGUACUCAGUAUUGGCGAGUACCGAUAAAAAAAAUAUUGGUACUCCUAUCCCAUACUGAAAACCGGUAUUGGUACAUCCCUAAUGGUUAUAGUACAUUUGUUCUAGUACUGACCAUGUUACUAGCAUUUCAGUAUUCAUCAUGUUGUAAAUAAAUGCAUGGUUAUUUAAUUUCCAAUUUUAUGAAGAAGUCCAAUGGGACAAAGUGCAAAUUGCAAACUAUCAUUCAGCAGCUACA